AUGAAGAGCUUCACCAUCCAAGUCAUCACCGGCCGGUGGUUCAUGGUUUUCGCUUCAUUACUAAUCAUGGCUGCAUCCGGUGCAACUUACAUGUUCGGCCUCUACUCCGGUGAUAUUAAAACCGCUCUUGGAUAUGACCAAACCACCCUCAACCUACUCAGUUUCUUCAAAGACCUCGGUGCAAAUAUCGGUGUUCUUUCCGGCCUGAUCAACGAGGUCACACCUCCAUGGGUGGUUCUCUCAAUGGGAGCAGUCUUGAACUUUUUUGGGUACUUCAUGUUAUGGUUAGCCGUUACUGGAAAAAUCACCGGCGUCCAUGUCUGGCACAUGUGCUUGUAUAUGUGGAUAGGUGCAAAUUCUCAGUCAUUUGCUAAUACUGGUUCUCUAGUCACCUGCGUCAAAAACUUCCCAGAAAGCCGAGGUGUUGUUCUUGGAAUCUUGAAAGGUUACGUUGGCCUUAGCGGCGCAAUUAUCACCCAAUUAUACCAUGCCUUUCAUGGUGAUGAUUCUAAGGCUUUGAUUUUGUUCAUAGGUUGGCUUCCCACUGCCAUCUCUAUUGUCUUCUUAAGAACCAUUCGAAUCAUGAAGGUAAUUCGCCAACCUGAUGAGCUCAAAGUCUUUUACCAUUUUCUCUACGUUUCUCUUGGGCUUGCUGGGUUUCUGAUGAUAAUAAUCAUAGUAGAGAAAAGCGUGAAAUUCACUCAGAGUGAGUAUGGUCUUAGUGCAGCCAUGGUUAUUUUCUUUCUCGCUUUGCCUCUAGCUAUUGUUUCUAUAGAGGAAAACAAGAUCUGGAAGAGCAAGAAACUAGCCACGGAUGAUCGUUCACCUUUGAAAAUUAUAAUCGCAGAGAAGCCAAGUCAAGACACCAUCUCAUCAACAGCAUCUAAUACACAAAGUGGUGACAAACUUUUGGCCAAUUCUGAUGAUAAGAGCAACGUUUCAUGCUGGAGAACUGCUUUUCGGCCGCCGAAUAGAGGAGAAGACUACACUAUACUACAAGCUCUUUGUAGCAUUGACAUGUUAAUCCUCUUGUCAGCUACAAUCUGUGGCCUUGGAGGUACUCUAACAGCCAUAGACAACUUGGGUCAGAUUGGGUCUUCUUUAGGGUACCCUAAAAAAAGUAUAAGCACUUUUGUUUCACUAGUCAGCAUAUGGAACUAUCUUGGCAGAGUUGCAGCAGGUUUCAUCUCUGAACAUUUCUUAACCAAGUAUAAAUUUCCUCGCCCAUUAAUGCUCACUUUAAUCCUUCUUGUUUCAUGCGUGGGUUAUCUUCUAAUUGCCUUCAAUGUCCCAAAUGGGCUUUACAUAUCAUCCAUCAUCAUUGGGUUCUGCUUUGGUGCUCAGUGGCCAUUGAUUUACGCUAUAAUCUCUGAAAUAUUUGGGCUAAAAUACUACUCUACUUUGUAUAAUUUUGGGGCUAUGGCAAGCCCUAUUGGAUCAUAUUUGCUCAAUGUGAGAGUUUCUGGGUACUUGUAUGAUAGAGAGGCAGUGAAGCAAUUGGCAGCUCGGGGGCUUGUGAGGCAGCCUGGUCAGGACCUGAAUUGUGUUGGGAUUGAAUGCUUCAAGCUAUCCUUUAUUAUAAUUACUGCUGCAACAUUAUUUGGUACGUUUGUAUCUUUUGUUUUGGUGCUUAGGACAAGAAAAUUUUAUAAGAGUGACAUCUAUAAGAAGUUCCGGGAGGCAGCACAGGCAGCCGAGACAGAAAUGGCUCCAGCCGGAAAUGGCUUUGGUAACGAAAAAUGA